AUGGAGUCUCUGAAGGCGGACAUUGCUCGGGAUACGAAGGCUCGGGAGAGAACCAAGGGCAUGUCUCACCACCCAGGGAUCGUUUCCUUGGCCCAUGCUCUUCGUGAAAAUGGAAAAGGCGGACUCAGUAAACUCGAUGCGGAGGUCAAAAAGCAAGCUGCUACUUAUGAAGAAGUUGCGGGUAGACUGAAAAAGACCCUGCAUCUUGCGCCUCCUUCUUUGGGAAGUGAUACGGUCGCAAAGCUCGAGGCAGAGCUCAUGGAGAAGCUGAAGGCUGAGUAUGACGAAAGGGAGGCCAAUUUCUUGAAGAAGGUGGAGGCUGAUAAUGCCAAUUUCAAGAAGACGCUCAAGGCCGAGUAUGAUGACAGGGAGGCCAGGCUCAUGGAGAAGCUAGAGGCCCAGCUCAUGAAGAAAUUCGAGGCCAGCUUCACCAGCAAGAACAAUUCCUUGGAACAGAGCGACACAGCAAAGCUUCAAGAGGCGGUUGGAAAAUGGGAGGACGAGUUAAACAAAGUGACGGAAUCAAUGAAGUACGUCGCUAACAAAUAUUCGGAUCUUCGCCAGAAGGUUUUCGACAUCGAGGUAUGGAAAUCGGAUUUGUCUGCAAAUCCGCAAUCAGAUCAAGACAUUGAGAAAGCAGCGAGGGAAAGAGCUGAAGAGGCAAUCGGAAAGAUUGCCGUUCUCGAGAAAGACUUGGCCACCCUUCAGACCGAGUUGGAUGGUUUCAAAUCUAAUUCAAACCCUCCUGCCGGUGUUCCCCCGGGCCAUGAUGCUCGCUUAAGCAUUGUUGAACAGCACCAAUCGACGUUACAAGCCUUGGACAAUCAAGUGCGAGAAAACACCGCCGCCAUAUCUGCUUUGCGAUCUCAAUUGGAAGAGAGUUCCAGAGGACAACAGAAUCAGAUCAGCCGGCUGGACAACCAAUAUGCCCGUCUUGAAGGCAAUGCUACCACGCUGUCAACGAAUCUCGGCACUCGUAUGGCAAACCGACAGCCGUCGAACAAAGCCGAUUUGACUCAAACUGUUCAGUCCAUAAAGAGUAGUCACGGCAGUUUGGCGAGUACCGUGAAUACUCUCACCGAGUCUUUGUGGCACAAAGUACACAAAUUGGAACAUGAUACACUGAAUACCUCGCAAGCAGCGCAGCGAUGUCUUGAGCAGAAUCAAUCGGUCAGCGACCGAGCGUUGUUGUGCGAGAAGACCAUCAAUUCGCUCAUAGUUGCCAUUCGAUCACUGGAAACUCGGUAUUCGAAUAUCACUACGGAAUACUUGCACAACCACAUACUUCAGGCUAUGACUGAAAGGUUCCCGUCGAUGGAAAAGCAAGGACAGGAUAUCCAGGCCCUCAAAGAACAGCUCACUUCCCUAGCGGAUCAAUACCUGACCAGGGUUGACUUUGGGAAGGAGGUCGAUGUGCUCAAGGAUGGGCUUGAUAAAAGUAUCGAUGCGCUAAAGGAUGGCAUUGUGAAAAAUAUCGAUGCGCUCCGGCUAGUCAAGAACGAUCCGGAUUCAAAUGUCAUGAAUGAUGCGGUAAAGCACGUCGAAGAACUCUCGAGCCAGAUUCAAAGGACUCAGAAAGAGCAGGCCGCAGAACUCGUGAAAAGACUCGAGGACCACAACGACCUUCGCAAUCAUUUCGAGACACUGUCACCUAUCGUGGCAGAUUUGGCGGAGAAGGUCUCAGACUUAUCCAAGCAAAAUGGAGAAGUCAAGGGCGUGGGUUCUGAAUUCGAGUGGCUUGGGCCUCGGCUUGCCGAUAUCCAGAAACAGCUCAACGGUUUCAAAGCAUCUUGCUCACCACAGACCAUCAACAAGAUUUGCCAGCAGAUGCUAGAACCGACGGAGGCUCGCAUUCUCACACAGAUCCAAGAUGUCCACAGCCUCUCAGAUAUGCUUGCCAAGCAAUAUUCCGACAUCAAGAGCCAAGAUUUUGGAUAUCGACGAGUUCAGAAACCUUUCCAACCACAGAGCAACGGGUCACACUCUGGAUCCGAUCGUGACAACGGAACGUUCAUGCCGCCUCAAGCGGUGCAAAGGAGCCCUCGGGAUUUGCCAGGUGUGCCCUGGGCAUCCACCGUACCUCGACCAACAACAGCAACGCCUACAGAUCCUGACACCCCGUCUAUUCAAGCGCCCCAGGAAUCUCGAUCGGUCUCUAACCCCUCCUCUCCUGCGACGGCCUCCCAGCCCAGCUAUAGGUCGUUCCAAAUCAAGGACAAACCAUCGCAGCAGGAGACUGGCAAUAGCCAUGCCCCUAGCCAUAAUCAGUCGCUUGAUUCCAGAGUCGCCCCCAGCCGUCCACCUGUCGUGAAAGUUUCCCGUCCGCCUUCCCGGUUUAACGAUCCACCUAAUAUCGCCCUUCAGAAUACCAGCGGUUCGAGUAAGCAGAAUAAGAAGCGUAAACGACGGUUAUCAAUUCUUGGUAGUCAAGAUGACACUUCACCGGAUAUCCCAAUGGCGGGCGAUGACUCGCCAGCUCCUUCCUCGACCUCUUAUACGCCAAGGAAAAAGAAGAAGGGGAAGAAGGAUAAGAAGGACAAGCGCCCGACCCAACUAAAAUAG